UGACCGUCCUCGGAGUCCGUCGGCUCGCGCCCCGCCCCCGUUCCGCUGCCCCCUCCCCUGUGGCGCGCGGGGGGUGUUUCUCGCUCCUCCCGAGUUGCCGCCGCCGCCGCCGCCGUCGCCGCCGCUCCUCCUCUCCCAGGCUUGGGUUUCCCAGGCGUUGCGGCCGCCGCUACCUCUGCGGUCUGUGUGAGGAGGAGGAGGAUGUGAAGAUGGCGGAGCUGCAGAUGCUGCUGGAGGAGGAAAUCCCGGGGGGCCGCCGGGCCCUCUUCGACAGUUACACGAACCUGGAACGGGUGGCGGAUUACUGCGAGAACAACUACAUCCAGUCAGCAGAUAAGCAGCGAGCUCUAGAAGAAACCAAAGCCUACACCACCCAGUCCUUAGCAAGUGUUGCCUAUUUGAUAAAUACCUUGGCCAACAAUGUCCUACAGAUGCUGGAUAUUCAGGCAUCCCAGCUGCGAAGGAUGGAAUCUUCAAUCAAUCAUAUUUCGCAAACUGUUGAUAUUCAUAAAGAGAAAGUUGCAAGAAGAGAGAUCGGUAUUUUGACUACCAAUAAAAACACUUCAAGGACACAUAAAAUUAUUGCUCCGGCCAAUCUUGAACGACCAGUUCGUUAUAUUAGAAAACCUAUUGACUAUACAAUUCUAGAUGAUAUUGGACAUGGAGUAAAGUGGUUGCUUAGAUUUAAGGUGAGUACCCAGAAUAUGAAGAUGGGUGGGCUGCCACGAACGACACCUCCAACUCAGAAACCCCCCAGUCCCCCCAUGUCAGGGAAGGGGACACUUGGGCGGCACUCCCCCUAUCGCACACUGGAGCCAGUGCGUCCUCCAGUGGUACCAAAUGAUUACGUACCUAGCCCAACCCGUAAUAUGGCUCCCUCGCAGCAGAGCCCUGUGAGGACAGCUUCUGUGAAUCAAAGAAAUCGAACUUACAGCAGCAGUGGCAGCAGUGGCGGAAGCCACCCGAGCAGUCGGAGCAGCAGUCGGGAGAACAGCGGAAGCGGGAGCGUGGGCGUCCCCAUCGCUGUCCCCACGCCCUCUCCUCCCAGUGUCUUUCCAGCCCCUGCUGGCUCCGCUGGUCCUCCCCUUCCUGCUACUGCCGCAUCCGCCCCUGCCCCUCUGGUUCCCGCUACUGUCCCUUCCUCCACCGCCCCAGAGGCUGCUGCUGGGGGUGCCCAGACCCUUGCUGAUGGCUUCACUUCUCCAACUCCCCCUGUUGUUUCUUCCACUCCCCCGACAGGACAUCCUGUUCAGUUCUACAGCAUGAACAGACCCGCCUCUCGCCACACUCCCCCAGCAAUAGGGGGCUCCUUGCCCUAUAGACGCCCUCCUUCCAUAACGUCACAGACGAGCCUUCAGAAUCAGAUGAAUGGAGGACCUUUUUAUAGCCAGAAUCCAGUAUCUCUGGCUCCUCCUCCUCCCUCCGUCCUACAGGUAACUCCUCAGUUACCUUUAAUGGGAUUUGUGGCCAGAGUCCAAGACAAUAUUUCAGAUACACCACCUCCACCACCACCUGUGGAAGAACCAGUCUUCGAUGAAUCCCCUCCCCCACCUCCUCCCCCAGAAGAUUAUGAAGAGGAGGAAGCAGCUGUGGUUGAGUAUAGUGAUCCUUAUGCUGAAGAGGACCCACCGUGGGCUCCAAGGUCUUACUUGGAAAAGGUUGUGGCAAUUUAUGAUUACACAAAGGACAAGGAAGAUGAGCUGUCCUUUCAGGAAGGCGCCAUCAUCUACGUCAUCAAGAAGAACGACGACGGCUGGUACGAGGGCGUCAUGAACGGCGUGACCGGGCUCUUUCCCGGCAAUUACGUCGAGUCCAUCAUGCAUUACUCGGAGUAAAGCUCAGCAGGGCCGCGCGUGCCUCACAGGACUAGUCAGGGCUUCCCGGGUUAGCAAAGGCCCUGGGGGUUCCCCUCCAGUGAACCGAAGGAAGGACACAGACGACACGAACUGCUGACGUUUUUUUGGUUUAUUCCCCAGUGUUAAAAAAGCAAGCUGAAUCGCAACAAACGGAUCUUUCUGCCAUUAUUUGUACUAUAUGCUGAGCUGUUUGCAUUAAAAUAAAGUGACCGUUUCUACAUCUGGCCGAGGCACAACGGCAUAGAACUCUGUAAAGCAAAUCAGGUUCAGACUGAUUCAGAAAAUCUGGGAUCUUCCUCAGGAAUACUCUGCCCCCUCGGGACUUCUCCUGCAGAACCCGGGGCACUGGCUGUUCCCCGGUGCCUGUGCGAGGGGGGCAGCGUCUGGCCCCAGUGCUGUGCCCUCGCCCACCUGCUUCCACUUGGAUGAGGAGUGAACUAGGAUUUAGCUCUCAUACUUCACCAUCUUUAUAACUGUCGAUGGCUUCUUUCCUCGCGCCCCUGUAAAUCCUGCAUUCUCGCGGCACUGGAGUGCGCCCGGGAGUUACUGCUGCUGCCUCGCAUCCCUUCAUGCUUUGCAGUUUGUAGACUGGGGGUGACGAAGUGAGUCCCCAAACAUUGUGAGGGUGGUCACUAACCGCUGGUUUGGUUCGAAUGCGCUGCUGCUG